AUGGACGGCAGCCAGCCCCCUCCGAGUUCGGCUGCAGCUGAGCUACUUCAAAUGCAGCAACAAUUCUUGACACAGCAUGAAGAGCCUUUGCCUUCCCUUCUAACUACUUCCUCUUCAGUACAGCCGAGCGCUCCAGACGCAAGAGUGCCAGAGUCCCAGCCUUCUCCUAUGAGGGCCCUUCAAGAUCCGAUGCUUUCAGGCGGCGGAACUCAACCCGAAGAACGGACUAAUGUCCUAGGCCCUCCUUUCAGGCCAGAUACCGAACGGGAGAUACAACCCUCGCUGUCAAGCGCUCCACUAUUCCAUCCUUCACCAGCUGUACCUACCAGCCAUGACAUUGUCUCGCAAAGCCAGCCCCCACUCGAGCCUGCGACCAUCGCGCCCCUUGAUGUGCAUCCCCUCACGUUGAACCCUGCGGCGGUGUUCCCAUCUAAUUUGACGACGGGUACUGAGAUUCCUCUCAGUGGCCGUCGACUGCCAAGCCACCAGGACCUCUUCACUCAACCUCCGGAGUUUCAUAUCGGCGCCGCGACUGAUGCGACGAAUGAAUCAGGUGACGAAAGCAGCGAUGCUGAAGACUUGUCGAGGGUCUCCUAUCCCACCGAGGUCAAAGAGUACGCAGUUACCCUUCCAUUUAAUGCGAGUCGCCGCCCACAUUACGAUGACAUGAUCCUCGAAGCCCGACCCGAUAUUGAAGAAUUUUGUUCAGUGUUCCAUAACGAAGUUUUGAGAACACCCAAGCCCUCGUCCGUCCAUAAAAUUGAGAAGCUAUUUCUGAAGCUGCUUGAUGCCUGUGACUACCCCGCAGAACUGAACACGCAAUCUCUCAAGACGAUGUCACCCAAGGAGAUCCAAAAGUAUGCCUUCGAGUCAAAUUCGAAGUAUGCCUUUAUCUGGGAACUGUUGCAUCUUGUCCAGGACGUCCUUGACAUGAAGAUUCUCAUAGUCGCACGCUCGGAAAAGAUCCUCUUCCUACUGCAAUCCCUCCUUCUUGCCGACGGAUAUGCUUACUCGCGGAUCGGACUUCGGGACAUGCAAGAGGGCCAUGCGAAGUGGCCCAUCAAUGUCGUUCUAUCUUUACCCAACCAAGCCCUUGCGGAACGUCCGUCGGACUUUGAUCUCAUUAUUGGUUUCGACUAUGAAUUUAAGCGCUCCAAUAUUGCCUCUCGGCUUGCCGAAACUAAUUCUGGAGAAAUCAAACAGCCCAUGGUACUUCAACUAGUUAUCGCUCAUUCCAUCGAACACCUUGAUCUCGCCAUCACGGAGAGGGACCCCGACAUGCCGAGCUUCGACCAUAAGAACGCCAUCGUCAUCGGGUUGACCAAGUUGCGACGGCUUAUCCUCAAUCCAGACACAGGACGAGAGCUGCCUCAUCAGACCGCGGAACGUUUUGCGAAUCAGCUUAAGCAUUACGAUGAGGACUUUGUCUGGGAACCUAUCAGCCUGCCUGAUGAGAUUUUGAACUUUUACCUCGAGUCUAGCCAGCCUAGCCAGCCGCCGCUUGAGCUUGAAAGUUUGCAGAGCAGGAAGCGCAAGCUCGGCGAUACGGAAAGUAUUGCGAGCAAGCGACGGAGGAUCUCGAAGACACUUGGCCCGAUGGUGAACGCUGAGCGCGUCGAGGCACUCGCCCCGAUCAUUCGGUGCCUUGGCCCAGAGGUUCUCGACCGCGAGGACUUGUCGGACGAGACCACCGUGCCCGCCGCUUUGCUGGCGGCGAUGGAGGCCAAGGUAAACGACCAACGCAUGGCAUUGCAAGAAUCGAGGGCCCUUGUCAAGGAACUCCGUCGUCUUGUGGAGUCUCUUGAGACGCAGAACAACGGAUAUGCCGACUCUGUCAAUGCAAUCCAAACUAAGCAUCUUGUGGCUGUUGAAGAGAGAGCCAAGUUCCAUCGCGAGAGGGACUCUGCGCUUCUCGAGGUCAAGAGGCUCUCAGAGCGCCUGCAAGCUGCCGAGGAAGCAAAGUCUAAACUUUCCGAUGAAGUCACCAAGCUUAAGGCUGCUCUACCCCAGAAGAAAUCGACUGACAAUCCUGGUGCAACCGAAGCUGUCCCCUCUUCUUCGCCUUCCGCCAACCCCCCGCAGGAGGGACAAGAAGCCAAUCCCCAGGACGAGAAACUGAAGCAAGCAACAGCAGAAGUGCAGCGCCUCACUCGGAAAGUAGAAAACGCCGAGCGCGACCUUGACUACACGCGCCAAGCGUACCAGAACGCCUCUCAGUCAGCCAGCGACCUCGGCAACGAGAACCGCGAGCUCUCCGCGCGGAUCCAAGACCUCGAGCACAAGGCCUCGGAAAACCUCCGCCAGAUCCACGAAACCAACCUCCGCAAUCAGAUUGACCAGCUCGGCAAGAUCAACGACGAGCAGACGACGACCCUGCGCGAGCGCGAGUGGGAGCUUGAUCGGCUGCGCGAUGAGGUGAGGGUGCUCAAGGCCGCUAGGCGAGAGACGAGGCAGUCGAGCGUGCCGAGGAGUCCGCGGAUGGGCAUGAUGAGUCCUAGGACCGGGGGUAGGGUGUCGGCGAGUAGGGGGUCGAGUCCGGCGCCGAUUAGUGAGGUGGGCGGCGGGCCGGGGGUGCCGUUGUUUAACCAGCAGCCUGGAAAUGGACGGUGGGGACACCUACGUGACUGA